UUCACCGCCAGUCACGCAGGCUGACGCUGAGGAGAAAGAUCUCCCUGGGGAUCGACUGCCAGAGGCAAGUCUAGAAGGCAAAGAUCCCGAAGCCUGGCCCGGCUGUCUUUGGGGGCAGGUGACACGGCAGGGCUCCUCGCGCUGGCUUGACAGUGUCAUCCCCGCCCACUGGCAGCAGCGCCGGCCGGGCUGCACUGGCGCGCAGGGUCCAUAAAAGCCGCCGCGGCUCAGGGACGCGGAGCUCGCCCACCGCCUGCCGUCGAGCCGCCCGCACCAUGCACGUGAACGGCAAAGUGGCGCUGGUGACCGGCGCCGCGCAGGGCAUAGGCAGAGCCUUCGCCGAGGCGCUGCUGCGCAAGGGCGCCAAGGUAGCGCUGGUGGAUUGGAAUCUUGAAGCAGGUGUAAAGUGUAAAGCUGCCCUGAAUGAGGAAUUUGAACCUCAGAAGACUCUGUUCAUUCAGUGCGAUGUGGCUGACCAGGAACAACUGAGAGAUACUUUCAGAAAAGUUGUUGACUUCUUUGGAAGAUUGGACAUCUUGGUCAAUAAUGCUGGAGUGAAUAAUGAGAAAGACUGGGAAAAAACACUUCAAAUUAAUUUGGUUUCUGUUAUCAGCGGAACCUAUCUUGGUUUGGAUUACAUGAGUAAGCAACAUGGCGGUGAAGGUGGCAUCAUUAUUAAUAUGUCAUCCUUAGCAGGACUGAUGCCUGUUGCACAACAGCCUGUUUAUUGUGCUUCAAAGCACGGCAUCGUUGGAUUCACACGCUCAGCCGCGAUGGCUGCUAAACUAAUGAACAGUGGUGUGAGAAUGAAUGCCAUUUGUCCAGGCUUUGUCAACACACCCAUCCUUCAAUCCAUUGAAAAAGAAGAAAACAUGGGACAAUAUAUAGAAUAUACAGGUCAUAUCAAGGAUAUGAUGAAAUGCUACGGAAUUUUAGAUCCAUCGGUGAUUGCCAGUGGAUUAAUAACACUCAUUGAAGAUGAUGAUUUGAAUGGUGCUAUCAUGAAGAUCACAACUUCUAAAGGAAUUCAUUUUCAAGACUAUGAUACAGCUCCGUCUUAUGCCAAAGAUUAAUGAACACCUAAGAUACCAGCAAUAACUGCAUUAAAACAAAUGCAAAUGACAUAUUCAAAUCAUAUUUUAAAUAUAUCUUUUUAAAUGAAAUGUUACAGCCUAAAGCUUUCCUUCAUAUAGCUGUUAUUAAUUUUUUCUAAAUGAUUGAAUAAACUAUCAAAAGUACAAUGCAAACAAAGCAAUAUUAUUAUAAUAUGUAUGAUAUAAUUAAUGAUUAAGACAAAAGACAUUUAAGGAAAAUUCACCUUUUGGAAAGUGUAUUUAAAUCUGUGGUUCAUGAAUAUUAAUGUCUUUCAGAAAAUAAUUUUAAAGGAUAUACUUGAAUUAUUAUUUAAAUCAAAACAGAUGUAGAAAAAGAACUUUGUUUCUUUCUUUGCCCUUCAAAAGAGGGAAGCUACUGAACAUUGGCAGGUGUUUAGAAAUAAUAAUGUUUUAUAUCAUCCUUAAGCUGGACUCCAUAAAGAGGUGAUAUAAUUUGGGAUUAGUAGUUAAGGAGCGAAUUACAGUGUGACUAUAUCCCAAGUGAAAAGUCUGAGGCAUGGAAAAUGACAGAAAGUAACUGACUGAGAUUGUUGAUUCCAAGUUCAGCCUCCAAUCACAGAAGAACAUUUUUUCUCUUUGUUUGUUUAUUUUAAGAACUUUAUCUCUAAAAGUCUCAGGAAUGAAGCUUUUAACAGUUAUAGAAAAAAGAUUGUUUGUCCUAACAUUUUAUAUGUAAUAUAUGUUCAUUAAGAAAAAAUGCAAAUGUAAUAAUUUUUCUCUGGUUGACAAUAUUUUUGGUUUUAGUGCAUACUAGUUAUGCAGAAUAUGCGCUUCAUUUUGUCCUAUUUGUACAUGCGUGUUACAUAUUUGAUUAUUUCCACCCCCAUUACUCCUGUCCCCCUUCUCUCCUCCCUCCCCCGUUUCCUCCUCUCUAAUAAUCUCCUUUCUACUUUUCUCUCAUCUCUAUUUUUGUUAGAUAUGAGAGAAAAAUGUGCGAUAUUGACUUUUUGAGUCUGAUUUAUUUUGCUUAACUUUGUUUUUUAAAGAUCUUUUUCUAUGUUGAUUUGUACUGAUUUCAAAAGUACCUAUAUUUCAAUAAAACUCCUUUACUCUAA